AUGCUAUUUAUAUUAAAAGCUUUAAGUUUUCGAGUGUAUUCGAGAAUAUGUAUCGAAAAUCUCAUUUUUUAUCUUGGAAUUCGACCUAAAAAUCCAAUGCAAUUAUCACCAUUGAGAGAUUUGUUUUGUGCGACAAAUAAUUUUAAAAUGAACGAAUUUUGGAAACAACCAAUGCCUAUACCAAUGUCACGUUCAAGUACUGAAUCAUCAGCAUAUAGUGAAGAUUCAUCGUCUACUAGUCUACGAAGUCCUAGUCCACAACGCAGUCUACAACAACAUAAAUGUACUGCAGACAAAAGAAUUGUGGAAAUUCUGGAAGAUUAUAUUGCUGAUAAUAAUACAACACCAGAUAAGAUGUAUCAAUGGCUUUUGGCCAACCAAAACACGCUUCAAUAUAAAAGUAUUCUUGCAUUCCUCUUAAAAAUGGGAUUAGGCUGUGAAAUUGAUUUAAAGAAAUCCUUUAAUUUAUUAUUAACAGCUGCACGAAAAGAUUACAUGAUUGCAGAAGAGAUGGUAGGAGAUUUUUAUUAUACAGGAAUGGGAACAAACGAAGAUGAAGUUAUGGCAUUUAAUUGGUAUCAUAAAACUGCAGAUAAAGGUAGUGCUUAUGGGUAUCAUGGACUUGGUUAUUGUUAUGAAUAUGGAAAAGGUACCAAGAAAUGUACGAAAAAAGCAUUAGAUUGUUAUGAAACUUCAGCAAAAAUGGGUAAUAUAUGGGGAAUGAUAGAUUUAGCCAAGAUGUAUCAAAAAGGAAUAGGAACAACUAAAAAUUCGGAUAAAGCAAUUUAUUGGUAUCAAAAAGCAUAUGCAAAUGGAUGUGAAAAAGCAAAGAAUGAGUUGGAUAAAUUAACGAAUAAUAAGGAGAAUAAUAAGUUAGAAAGUAAACCAAAAAGUAGUAAAAGAAUUAUUCCACAAAUUAUAGAAAGUAAAGAUGAAAACCCUCUAACAAGCAAUAUAUUCACUAAAAGUGUUGAAGUUUGUGAUUCUAGACAAUACAGCGAAUGUAUAAUUUCUGACGGAAUAGAAUUAGAUUUCAAUAAAAAUAAUGAAAAAGACAAUGAAGCAGUUAUUGAAGAUGAUAUUGAAAAAACUGAUGAUAAUUUUGAUUCCAAGGAUAACAUUCUUUCCACUUUACAACGUAUGAUGAAAUCAUCUCCUAAACCUAGUGAAGGUUUAAGAAUUGGAGUUCAGGAUUUAAUAAAAAUAAGUAAAAAUCGGAUAAUUAAAGAAAAUAUUUCUCUAGAUCCAGAGAAUAACAACGAUGAUAAACAAUUUAAACUUUGGGAAUUAUUAUUUCAUAUGACAAUUACUAUGCUUGAAAUCAUUGAAUAUAUUUGGAUUGAUUAA